AUGGGUGGGCACCUCGGCCGUGUCGGCACUCUGUCGUGGAGCGGUCCCUCCCUGUCCUCGGGCUCGCGAGACCGGACCAUCUGCAUGCGCGACGUGCGCAGCGCGCCGCCCUUCACCUCGCAGCUGGUCGGCCACAAGCAGGAGGUCUGCGGGCUGCGGUGGGCACACGACGGGUCGCAGCUCGCGUCGGGGGGGAACGACAACAAGCUCUUCAUCUGGUCGCCGCACGGCACCUCCCCGCUGCUCCGCUUCUCCGACCACACCGCCGCAGUCAAGGCGCUUGCGUGGUCGCCGCACCAGAACGGGCUCCUCGCCUCGGGCGGGGGCACCGCCGACCGCUGCAUCCGCUUCUGGAACACCCAGACCGCCACCGCCCUCUCGGCGCUCGACACGGGCUCGCAGGUGUGCAACCUCUGCUGGUCGUGCACUGUCAACGAGCUCGUCUCGUCGCACGGCUACUCGCAGAACCAGAUCGUCGUCUGGCGCUACUCGAGCAUGGCCAAGGUCGCUACGCUGAGCGGCCACACCAUGCGUGUGCUCUACCUCGCUCUCUCUCCCGACGGGCAGACAGUCGUCUCUGGCGCCGGCGACGAGACGCUUCGCUUCUGGAAUGUCUUCCCGCAGGCGCGCCGCACGACGGGCGACGAGGCGGCGCCUUUCUCGCGCGCGUACACGGUCAGAUGAGGCGCAGCUGGGGCUUGGUGCGCGCGCACGUGCCCACGGCGGCUCCUGACUCCUUGGCGCCAGUCAGGGCAGCGCUGCAGCCGGCGGCGCGAGGCGGCGGCGCAAGAACGCGGCGGGCCGCGCCGCCCGGAGGCUGCGGAGAGGGAGGAGGAGAGAGGUACGGGCGCUCGCAUUUGGCGGCCAUCUGCCGGGCAAUUGUAGGAGGAGUAUUCCCCAGACACGUGUCGUACAGUCGGGGGCACGCGGUCGCUGGGCGCUGCGCGAGGCCGCGGAGCUCAACGCUGCGCGCCAGGCCGCCAGCGCGUGGUAUUGGGAAAGAAGGAAAAUAACAGAAAAAAGGAAGUAGCUCUUCUUUUGUUUUUCCAGUUAGCGCGCCAU